CCCCCCCCCGACCCCCUUCAAGAGGCAAGAUGGAUCCUCGUCACGGGAUUAUGAAAGCCUUUCCAAAAGUUAAAAGGACCAGAGUGUUGCAAGGAAAGAAUGCCCCCCCAGUAAAGAAGAAACCUGAAGAAUGUGAUGUCACAGGAAACUCUUUUAAUGGUGUCACAGUGUACAUCCUGCCUGCUGGAAUAGGAAGUGCCAGAUGCCAGAUCUUUCAAAGGCAAAUUCAGCAGAAUGGAGGACAGACGGAGAGUUCACUGUGUCCCAGCGUCACCCAUGUUGUUGUGGAUGACAACAUGGACCGUGACCGGGCCCUGCGCUUACUGAAACUGGAUUGUAUGCCCUCUGGAGUCCAACUAGUGAAAUGCAAUUGGUUGAGCUUGUGCAUCAGUGAAAAACAACUGCUGGAUGUUGACAGCUACAGCCUUCUGUUACCCAAGAGGGAAUCUGAAACACAGUGUGACAACGUUAAAGAAGAGCUUCACAAUGUCAAGCCUGCUGCAGAAGCUGCUGUAGAGCCAAGCAAGCAAGAGACCACAUACACGACGGUCCCAGACACUCAAGAGGAAGUGCAAGGAGAAGAAGACGGCGUCUCUCAGAGUGACCUGGAAGCUCUCCUCCGUGGCCAGCACCCCAAAGAGGAGACUCCUGGCCCCAGCCUCAACCCCGGUCCAGAGUCUGCCGCUCGAGAGGUGACCUUGGGGAAGUGGGUCUGUGCCCAGUCCUCUCAGUCCAAAAGUAAUAACUUCAACAAGCACAUCACUGACAAACUAGAAGUGCUGGCCAAGGCCUACACACACCAGGGGGACAAGUGGAGGGCGCUGGGCUACUCCAAGGCUGUCAACGCACUGAAGAGUUACCACAAGCCUAUUACAUCAUAUCAGGAGGCUUGUCAGAUCCCGGGAAUUGGAAAACGCAUGGCGGACAAAAUUGAUGAGAUCAUGGAGAGCGGUCACCUGCGGAAGCUAGACCACCUCGGGGAGGCUGUGCCGGUACUGGAGCUUUUUACCAACAUCUGGGGGGCAGGGACUAAAACUGCACAGCUGUGGUACCAACAAGGAUUUCGCACGCUGGAGGACAUCCGCACAAAAGCCCACCUCAGCAACACUCAGAAAAUAGGACUCAAGCACUACGACGACCUACUUGACCGAAUGCCCAGAGAAGAAGCAGCAGACAUAGAGAAAGUGGUGAGGGAUGCUGCCCAGGCUAUAGACCCAGGCCUGGUGUCGAUGGCAUGUGGCUCCUACCGUCGCGGAAAGGCCACGUGUGGAGAUGUUGACAUACUUAUAUCCCAUCCUGAUGGCAAGUCUCACAAGGGCGUGUUCAGCAAAGUGUUACAGAGCCUCUGGGACAGUGGGUUUUUGACAGACGACCCGGUGAGCCACGAGGAGAAAGGACAGCAGAAGAAAUACAUGGGCGUGUGUCGUUUGCCAGGCCACCGCCAUCGCAGGCUGGACAUCAUCGUCGUGCCCCACAAUGAGUUUGCCUGUGCUCUUAUGUAUUUCACCGGUUCGGCACAUUUCAACCGUUCAUUAAGAGCCAUGGCAAAGACAAAAAGAAUGAGCUUAUCGGAGCACUCGCUGAACAAAGAUGUGGUGCGUCAGGGUAGCUUGAAGGUGUAUGGCGGCACUCCAUUUGCUACACUGACAGAGAUGGAUGUUUUUAGUGUUUUAGGCAUACCAUACAGACAGCCUCAUGAAAGAGACUGGUGAGGAUUAACCAAUCACAAUGUUCUGUCUGGUUUUAAAGAAAAAUCAUGAUGAUGAAUGAUGACAAGCUGCAAUUAUGCUCUAACAACUCAUUUUAAGAAUGUUGUACUGCUGCACGGAUCAUGCAAGAGCCCUGUUUUAGUUGAAUGCUAAUUUUAUUCUACAGGUUAAAGGGUUGGGUUCACUCAAAUCUCAAGAACAACAUAUUUUUACUUCUUAACUCACAUUUGAUCUCUUCCUCCAGAUUGUUUCAUUUGUCUCAGUGUGCUUUACAGACUGUACAGGAUACGACACCCUCUGUCCUUAGACCCUCGCAUCGCACAAGGAAAAACUUCCAAAAAAAAUGGAAGAAACCUCAGGGAGAGACUGAG